AGGAUGAACAAUGCAUUAUGCGCAUCAUGCGUUGAAACGGAACGCAGCCCAGGAUAUACAUAUAUUUUUUAUAUACGAGAUUUGUCGUAUCUUCUAAACCGCCUUAUUAUAUAUUCCCGCGUGAAUUGACGCAACCGCAUCUGUUCCGUACCGAUAUCAGCACCGAUGUGUAGAGCGGAGGUGGGAAGUUCUCACUGGGAACAGAUGAGAAUAGACUGUGCGGGCGAACGGCCAUACGUGAAGACGGGGAAGUGCCGUCGUGCGAUGCAGUACGUUUGUAAUAGUUGAGAAAAACGCAGCUCCGUUACUAUUACUUCGUCGAUCGUAACCAGACAGUAUGUCAUCAUUGUCCAAUGAUACUGUCACCUUAGCGAGACAGGAAGCGUUCAAGGACUUUUCCUAUUUUGAUGAGGAGACUGUGCCCGCGAAAAGAUUUUACACCUGAAAAUACACAAGUUUAUGAAGUUAGAAGAAAAUCGAAGGAAAAAGCGUUAUACUGCAUAUUUAAAAGUUAUAAAUAUUAAUAAUCAUAUUUUUGAAAGUUUUUUGGAAACCGAAAUUAACCUUCUUAAUGCGAUCCGUGGUAUUACUGCAUUCCUUAAUGGUACAAAUACAUCCAGAAUAUCCACAAAUCGAUUCCGCUGCAAUCAUUAAAAGCGACAUCCGCCAUCAUUCUCACUGGAUACAUUCCUGAAAAUGCAUCCAGGUUUUCGGUGAAUUUAAUGUGUAAGGCAGCUGGAAAUAUUGCUCUCCAUUUUAAUCCACGACUAGACAGAGGAUAUAUUGUCAGGAACACAAAAGUACGUGGAUCUUGGGAGGAUGAAGAGACUUGUUCGCCUGCAGGUUCAAGCGGAUGUAUUUUCCGCCGAAAUACCUACAUACACCUUAUGAUUUUCUGUACAAAUGAUGCAUUUCAGAUUGCAGUGAAUGGUGAACACUUUUGUGCCUUUUACUACAGAUUGCCUCUUGAAGAUAUAACAGCUCUUCAAAUUAACGGAACCAUCGAAGACGUUAGGAUUCGUCAGCUUAAUCUAUUUGUAUAUCCAGAUCCUAAUAUCUGCAGGCCAUCUCGAACAUUGGUCCUGACAAUCGAAGAACCGCUUGUGGAUUUUCUAGACGUUCCAAUUACCGUAGAUAUUGGCAGCAAUUUUCGUAUCGGUUCUCGUUUAUUUAUUGCCGGAAGAUUAAAGCUACUGCCACACUCGUUUUAUGUGAAUCUACAGAAGGGUAAGACCAUUUAUCCUCAUCCCGUUAUACUGUUGCAUUUAAAUCCGCGUUUUUUAUACGGCACCAGCACACCAUACGUUGUCAUGAAUUGUUGGAACAAUGGUGCAUGGGGUCACGAGGAACGACAUCAAGGCCACUUGUCCUGGAUGCCUGGUCGUGACUUUUUACUCACCAUUCGCUGUGAAUACGAGGGAUACACAAUAUGGCUGGCUAAUAAGAUGAUCGGAGAAUUUAAACACAGAUUACAAUCAUCAAUCGCGGAUACUCUACGAAUCUCUGGUGAUGUUGUGCUUUAUCAACUUAGUAUGAGUUACGCUUGAAGAAUUAAUGAAUUAUAAACGGCAUAAUUAAAAGGAAAAAGAGAACACAAAUGUUAAAAUGAAAAUUAAUAAUAUUUUAUUGAGUUGUUCACAAACAUAUGCAACGCUAAUUUAUGUUAUUAUAUAAUAUUUUCAUGCAAUGCAAUACUAGACUUUAAUUCUAGACGAUUUACUCUUUGAAUUUUAUGUAAUUUGGUAAAAAUGUUAUAAAUAUCCCUAAAUGAAUAUCUCUAAAAAGAUUCUUGCCAUAAAUAAAAAUUAAUCGGGAUAAUAUUAAAA